AUGCUGCCCGCUGUGAAUGACUUACGACGUCAACGAUAUCGUCGAGGCGAUAGCACCACGACGACGUCCCGAGCAUUAUAUGAGGCUAAUGCUAUACUCACUGAAGCAUGCUGUAGACUAUUAGAUCUUAUACACAAUCCUGGAGCUCAUCGUAGGGACAUGUGUAUCCGGCAGGCACGCGAGGCCUUGGCUAUUAGCCAACGUCUAUGUCAUGAAGCCAGUGGGGAUGACCUCAGCGAUUUCACACAGUCUACUGAUACUAAGAUGAUCUUAGAUGCUCCUAUUGGUGUAUGGAAGAACCCUCACGGAUUCGUUAGUACCAUAUAUGUCGAGAAACGUCGUGUGUACGGUCCGUUGAGGAGAAACGUUGAGGCUGCUACUCGUGAUCGAGAAGCCUUAGUCGCUGCUAAGUCCGUGAUAGCCACUGUUGAAGACAUGAAGGCCUUCGUAAGAGAUAUAUUAAAACCCAACAAAUACGGUGGAGUCCCCGUGCAGUGA